AAGUUGAAGAAACUUGGGUUUGAUAGCGUCAGUUAAUCCGAGCCUCUGCUGUCAAAAAAACACGCUCAGUAUCUUAAUACAAAGAAGACACAAUCGUUAGCUGGACCAAAAUGGCAUCCUACUUUGAUGAACACGACUGUGAGCCCACCAACCCAGAGGAACAGUAUCGGCAGAACGCACUACUUGAACUGGCCAGGUCUUUAAUGCAAGGCUUGGACUUGCUUGACUCAGGGGCGUUUGAUUUGUCAGACUGGGACCAACGUCUUCCGCCUCCAGCUGCCAAAACUGCUGUUCAGACCCUCACUGUGGUCAUCAUUUCUCCAGAGCAAGCAGACAAAGGGCUCAAGUGUCCUGUUUGUUUGCUGGAGUUCGAGGAACAAGAAACAGUCCGAGAGAUGCCUUGCAAACACCUUUUCCACUCAGGAUGUAUACUGCCCUGGCUGGGCAAGACUAACUCCUGUCCACUCUGCCGACUUGAAUUACCAACUGACAAUCCAGAGUAUGAGGAGUUUAAAAAAGACAAGGAGAGAAGAAAACAGAGGGAACACAGGCUGGAGGACCUACAUGGGGCCAUGUACACAUGACACCCUGGUGCUGUGGUGCAAGUUUGUGUCACAGUGACAUUUUACUGAAAAUUACUCAAAAACAAAAAAGGAAGCUUCAGGAAAUACAUAAUGAUGUGUUCAUGCCAUGUCAUACCGAAUGUAAUCAUAAGCAUGCAGCUCAUGUGUCAGCCUCAUAUUUGUAGUAUAUCAAUAUCUCCCAAUUGGCGAAAAGAACUACAGAACUGUCAACAAAUGGUUGGUGAAACAGCCGCAAAGUCAACAUCACUGGCAGCUCCUUCUAAAUAAAACCUGGGUAUGCAACGCAAUAAAAAUAGAUAUUUAGACAUAUAAAUAUAUAUAUGUAUACAUAUAUGUGUGUGUGUGUCUGUGUGUGUAUGUGUGUGUGUAUCUGUUGUGACUAUAAGGCUAGCAGUGGGGGUAACCAUGUUGGAAUAAUGUGUGACCGCUCCCGUUUGCUGCUCCUUCCUUUCAUUUGACAUGGCAUGAAUGCAGCAUAAACAACGAGGUCAUUGAAAAUUGAAAAUGCUUAUUAGUAAAUGCUCUUUUCUCAUUAGUUAGGAUGAAUAUAUUUUAAGAUGAGUAUGCUGUUGACAGCAGCACUAAGCACUCUGUCUCUUUGUCCCUUUUUUUUUUACAUAAAUUUAUGAACUUUAAAACCACAAAGAAAUGUGUUCAGCUUUAUUUCUCUAAAGAAUAUAAAUUAUUUAAAGACAGGAAUAUAUAUAUAUAUAUAUAUAUAUAUAUUGAUCAGCGAUUCCUUUUUAUAAAAAAAUCAUGUUUAAAUCUGAGACUUUUAAUUUUACAUUGCGUUAGAGUAAUAUAAUAUUAGUAGUACGUACUUCUGUAAAUUCUGGGUUGAAAUGUCAAAAUUGAAGCAGCAGAGGUUGAGAUAUCAUGACUUUUAGUAUGGGUCAAUCUCCAGAAUGCUGGAUCCUACACUUAGACCAUCCCUGCCUGGUAAAAACAAACAGCUUUCUGUCUCAAUGCGUGGUCUGCAGCCCCAAGAGCCACACAAGACAUGAUACCACUGUCUUCACAGGAACAGUAGUCCUCCUCAUGCCGAGUAAACUGACCUUCAUGUGUAAAAUUGUUGUUAAAAUUGUUUGUUCCCCUUUGA